AUGGCGAGUCACCAGAAAACUCAAUGGGACCAGGAUAUCGGCCCUCCAGUGUCUUUCCCAAGUGCAGCAUCUCGACCUGGACGGGUUGAACUUACAGGCAAGACAGUAACGCUGCAGCCGUUGGCACCGAGACAUGCUCUUGAUCUAUGGCCGGAGAUCCAGGAUGAGAAGACUGGCCACAUCUGGACAUACAUGGGUGAUGAGCCGUAUCGAACACUUGAAGCUUUCCAGAGAGCCGUCACCACCAAAUCCGAGUCUACGGACCUGGUCUUUUCUGCGAUCAUAAAUAACCAAACCCACAAAGCUGUCGGAUGGGCUUCCUACAUGCGUAUCGAUCCCACCAACCGUGUGAUGGAAGUCGGCAAUAUCCUAUUUUCACCAUCACUGCAACGAACCAAAGCUGCCACGGAGGCCAUGUACCUCAUGAUGAAACACGCAUUCGAGGACCUAGGCUAUCGCAGGUAUGAGUGGAAAUGUGACAACCACAACCGGCCCUCGAAACGGGCCGCACUACGCUUUGGCUUUACCUUCGAAGGUGUGUUCAGACAGCACAUUAUAUACAAAGGAAGGUCAAGGGAUACUGCUUGGUUCUCCAUAAUUGACACGGAAUGGCCCACGGUCAAGAAUGCAUUUGAGAAAUGGCUGGAUGAUAGCAACUUUGACGAUAAUGGCACGCAGUUACACCGCUUAGAGGACUUCAGAGACGCGAUGCCUGCGCAGAAGGGACCUAUCACUCUUGAGGGGAUAAGGUAA